AUGGUGCUAAGCAGCGCCACAUUUCUGGGCGUUCGAUCACCGUCAGCCCUAUCCCACGUUUCCCGCCAUGGGGCCAUGGGGCCAUGGGGGUUAAAUGUCGGUGAUGCCAUCGAGAUCGACGAAUCGAUGUCCUUUGAUUCGAUCAUGGGAAACUACGCUUCAAACCCCAUCAAGCAGUCUAAUAUCUCGAGCGUCUUCUCGUCCAAGCCGGCCGUCUCGCUUUUCAGCUCGGCUAACCAUCCGUAUGCUUCCCCACCUGCUUGCUUGGCUCACUCGUUCGUUUCCUCUUCUCUCCGCAUCUCGCUCGGCUCACGCAGCCGGCCAAGCUACCCACAAUAUUAA